AUGGAGCUGGUUGUAUCUGCAGUUGCAGAUGAACUAGUUAACCGGUUCAUGUCCUUCUUGUUCAACAAGUACAAAAGCGAGGAGCAGCUGGAGAAGAAGAUGAAAAGGCUGCAAGAUCUAGUUGUUAGAGCUCAUAUGAUCGUCGAGGAGGCCGAGGUGCGAUACAUCACCAACUCAAAGAUGCUGCUUCAGCUCAAGAAGCUUGUGGAGGUCAUGUACCAAGGCUACCUCGUCCUGGACACCAUCAAGUACAGGACUCUUUGUAGCUCCUCCACGACUGAAAGCGAGGUUAGCAAUAACUUCAAUGAAUUGUCAUUCGCCACUUGUAUUAAGCGAAGACUCCGUACCAUGAUGUGCACUUCAUCAUCAAACAUAAAUGAGCUUCAAAUUACACUGGAUAAUCUACAGUCCACUGUUUCCAAUAUGCAAGAGUUUGUGUUGCUUCUUGGGGGGUGCGAGCGCAUGUUCCAUGGCCCCUACGACUCGUAUGUUUACAUCGAUCACUUCAUGUUUGGUCGUCAUGUGGAAAAGCAGCGCGUCAUCAAUUUCUUGCUACAAGAAAAUAUGCCCCCAUUUGUCUGUCUGUUCUUCCAAUUCUUGGAGGCAGUAGAGUGGGCCAGGUCGAAAUUCUCGUCAAUUUUCAACAUGAGUGGUGAGAACAUCUGGAGAAUUAUGGAGCAUCAGGUAGGAGUAGGAGCAGGGAGGUCCUUGGUCAUCAUCGAGUUUACAUCAGGUGUGGAUGAGGAGGGCUGGAGGAAUUUUUAUUCAUCGGUAAAUAAGCAGAUGGGGAGAGGAAGCAAGAUCAUAAUCAUAAGCAGAAUUGCAGAACUAUCGCAGUUUGGGACCGUAAAGCCAGUUCAUCUGAAUAGCUUGUCCCACGAGGAGUAUAGCUACCUCUUCAAGGCUCUUGCAUUUGGAAGCACAAACCCUGAAGAACACCCUCAGUUAGCUGUAGUAGCCGAAGAUCUAGCAGUAGCUCUGGGAGGGUCGCUCAUCACAGCAAGCGUCUGUGCUGACAUGCUCAGGAGAAACCAGAACGCCCACUUCAGGGUCAGCCUAUUAAAAAGGUACACGAACGUGGUGCAGAAGAACUUCUCCGUGUUCGGCGAGCAUCCCAAGAACCUCAUGGACAAAGAACGUCCUAUAGACAUAACCAGACUUGUAUCAUCAUCCUGCUCAAUGCCAUCAUCUGCCACACUUCGCCUGAUGCCUCCUCGUAGUGAAGCUGACGAUUCCAAAACCGGAUUGCCCAAGGUGAUGUUUGGAGACCUCAUUUCUGGCUCAGCUGUUCUGCCAAGGGCAGAGUUUGAGCUAGUAGCAUGGGAAUCAAGGAUACCCCCUUACAAAAGGUUCGUUAACCUUGCUACAUAUUGUGAUGAUGAUGAGGCGCCCAUCUCUCAGCAGCAGCAUACAGCAUCACCUAGCAGGAAGCGCCAACGGUAG